UAACUUUUCCGAUUCCCCUCCGCAAGUGUUCCUGGCAAAUCUUAAACCCUCACUCCGCCCCAACUCCGGCGUCGCUCGCUCUCAAUCCAAGCCUCUCCUCUUUCUCGCAAUGGGUUGGAAGGCGGCUGAGAAACUCAUUAGACACUGGAAGAUACUCAGAGGGGACAAUGUGAUGAUCAUUCGUGGAAAAGAUAAGGGUGAGACUGGAACCAUUAAGCGUGUCAUCAAGUCCCAAAACCGUGUGAUUGUUGAAGGGAAGAAUCUGGUCAAGAAGCAUAUAAAGGGAGGGCCGGACCAUGAAGGCGGGAUUUUCUCUGUUGAGGCUCCUCUUCAUGUCUCAAACGUCCAAGUUCUGGAUCCAGUGACCAAGAACCCUUGUAAAGUUGGGAUGAAAUAUCUAGAAGAUGGGACAAAAGUGAGAGUAGCGAGAGGGAUAGGUGCAUCUGGUGCAAUAAUCCCUCGCCCUGAGAUUUUGAAGAUAAGGGCAACGCCCAGACCCACAGUCGCUGGUCCGAAGGAUACACCAAUGGAGCUCGUCUUGGAGCAGACGUACGAUGCUAAAACAGGAAAGGGCAUGCCUGAUCUUUGAAGGACACGUGUCGCCUGCCUGUCUGCCUGGUUUCUGGACAAUCAAGUGGAAGUGAUUGAUAAUAACAACAACUAGCUCUGUCAUUUUGUUGUAGUCCAUUUCUUUUCUCGUACCGAAGAAUCACUGAAAGACCACAGUUUUGUGUCUAUGGCACUCACAUUCCGCUAUUGCAUGCAUGUCUCCUCUCCACCCAUCUCGCUCGUCAACAUUGGAGCUCAUUUAUUAUGUUUUCUUUCCACAAAAACCCCAGCCCUUGUUAAUUUGUGGUGGCAAAAGAUGAUUUGAUAUUUGUAAAGCAAAGAGACGAAGGAACCCCUUUUCUUUAA